CCAUUUAAAAUGUGUUUUUCAGGUAUUUUUGUUUGUACAGGUCUCAUUAGGGGCAUCUUCACCUAAACACAACAUGGAUUUGGAAUCGGUGUAUGAGAUCAUAGGGAAGGAGAAUGUGUAUCUAUACGGCUUCGCCACGUUUGUGGUGCUGUGGGUACUGAUCUGGCUCUACCGCGACAGCAUAGAGGUCGACAACAUCUCCGAGAAGUACGUCUUCGUCACUGGCUGUGACUCUGGCUUCGGGAACCUGCUGAGCAGAAAGCUGGACCGCAGAGGCUUCCGGGUCCUGGCUGGCUGUCUGACGGAGAAGGGAGCGGACGACCUGAAGAGGGCGACAGGGCCCAACCUGAAGACUGUGCUGUUGGACGUGACCAACACUGAUAGCAUCAACAAGGCCAUGGAGUGGACCAAGAAGGAGGUUGGCGACAGGGGCCUGUGGGGCAUUGUGAACAACGCGGGCCGCGCCUUACCCAUGGGGCCCUCUGAGUGGAUGAGAGUGGAGGACUUCCACAGUACCCUAAAGGUCAAUAUGAACGGAACUAUCGCCAUGACGAUGAUCUUCCUGCCGCUCAUCAAGCAGGGCAAAGGUCGCAUUGUGAACGUGGCGUCGGUGCUUGGCCGGGUGGCCGCCAAUGGCGGUGGUUACUGCAUCUCCAAGUUUGCUGUGGAGUCAUUCUCCGACUGCCUCAGGAGGGAUAUCAGCUACUUUGGGAUCAACGUGUGCAUCAUUGAACCAGGCUUCUUUAAGACCCAGGUGACCAGUCUGGAACCCAUUGAGAGAGAGCUCCAUCGCCUGUGGAACCAGCUAACCCCAGAAGUAAAGGCCAGCUAUGGAGACAAAUACCUGGAGAAGUACAUCCAGAUCCAGCGCCUCAUCAUGAACGCGGUGUGCGACUCGGACCUGAGUAAGGUCACCAACUGCAUGGAGCACGCUCUGACGUCGGCCCACCCGCGUACCCGCUAUAGCGCGGGCUGGGACGCCAAGCUUCUGUGGAUCCCCCUCUCCUACAUGCCCUCCUUCGUGGUGGACGUCGGCCUGAAGCUGGUGAUGCCUCGUCCGUCCAAGAGUGUGUAAAGUGCAAGCGUCGCCGUCAGUGGGAAGGCCCAGUGAGCAGGACAGGGCCCGCUCUGAGGGGCGUUCAGUGUUGAGAAUUUCACACCCCAGGAUUUCACUCUGGCCGUAUGUUUUUAUUUGUCGUCAAAUCAAUUGCAGUGAAUCAACCCGUUAGAAAAAUGUCUCACUGCACACCCCCAGAGGUAGCGUGCCUAUAGCCAGCCAACAGGAUUGUACAGAAGUGGACGAUGACAUCAUCAUUCUUCUGCAUUGUGCCUGGCUGCUCUUCCGAACCAUAUGCCUAUAGUACUGUACAUAUGUAACACAAUUGGCUUCAAUUUGAUGGAGUUCACUCUAGUACCCAUAAUUCUCAGUGUAUUGAUUUUUUAAAAUAAAUUAUUUCAAUAUUUUAUGAGUUAUGCUAAAGUAAUGUCAGAAUUACAGUGAUUAUUUGACAAACCAUGCUCCAGACGAUUUGUGAGUGCAUUGUUUACAGUACAACAGCACAGAACAGGUAUAGUUACACAUUAACUUUUAUUGAAUUGAAACUUAUUUGUGCAAGAAUGCAUAUAUGCAAAAUAAAUUAUGUAAACUGUAAUGUCUAAUUUAUAUAUUUUUGGGGAAAAUUAGCCCCCUUUGAGGAGAUCUACACAAUCCUGUAUUUGUGGAUUAUUAUGUUGUGUAAAAACCAGCUGGUUGAUCCUGUGCCUUUUUGACACCGUUAUUUAUGUUGUUUGGUAGGUUGAGCAGUAUUGGCCACUGUCUGGUCCACACUUAGUGUGUCAUCCUCAAGCAGUGUUGUCUCCUUGGAAAGCACUGAUAGUCCGGAACUUUAAAUAAGGGUGUCGUUGUUGAAAGAACUGAUGGCCCUUGAACACAGCUGUUAAAAUAAAUACGGAAUUAUUACACGCUUUGUGGGUUCUUCUCUACAGUUUGGAUUCCUUUGACAUAUUUUGUGUACCUGACCCUAUCGACCAUAUACUAAGUUCAGCGUAGGUUAGUUAAAUUACCCAAUAUUUCUCAACGCCUGACUGAACUUUCAACACAGAUUUUUCAGAUAGCCUACUAUAGCCUAAGGAAAAAGUUUGUCACUCAUAAUCACAUUUUUUUUUUUUUUUGGCUAUUCCACAGGCUAUUGCAAAUUAUGAACGAAAGCAGACUUGUACUGUGGGUUGAUUUUAGGCUAACUAUUGGCUAUAACUUUUUUUAUAUUUUUUAUGAUGGACGUCACAACUUUUGUUAAUGAUCUACUGUUUGGACAACGUGCCUGAUACAGCAUGCUGUCUCAUUGGCUACUGUUGUCGAGACUCCAGCCUACUCACAGACCAAUGUAUGUCGCAGGAACAGUCUGGUGCUCACGUCAACUCGGAUAAAGAGAUUUCAUCGACCGAUGUUAAGUUUAUUAGUGUUGAUCAAUCAAGUCUGUAAUCUCAAUUAUACGUUUAGAGAUUAGUGAUGUCGGUAGCCACUCAGAGGACCAUGCAUUGCUUGAAAAUAUUACGUGUGACUAACUCGGCAGCCGAGUGUCUGCUAAAAGACGCAU